CUUGCACAUUUAAAAAAAGAAAAUAAGAAUAUUUUGUUGAGAGUGAUGUUUUCUGAAUGAACGAUAGAACCUGCAAAAAGUCAGCUAAAAUGUGUUUAUUAAUUCUGGAGAGUGACCUUGUAUAAGCAGACCCAUCAGGCAUAAAUGGCUGCUUUGGCUUCAUUUCUUGGUUAUCGUUGGCCUCAUUGAGCACUUUUGGAUAACUCCUCCUUUUCAGUUUUCUUCUGUGUUAUAGUUUUUCUCUAAGGAAGAAAACUAGUGCUACGACAUUGAAAGGUCACAUGGGAGCAAAACAGACCAGAGAUGGAAACUAUACUCACCGGGAUUCAUUUAGCCAUGGAUCUCAGUCCAGCUCUUCUCCUCAUCAUGCUCGAAGUAGCUCUAUUUCAGAGAGAAUGAGGGAGGUGCACUCAAGAUAUAAAAUAAUUGGUGACAACUAUAGUUCUCUUGACCAGGUGACACGGGCUCUAUAUGAAUCUGGUCUGGAAUCCUCAAAUCUGAUUGUCGGCAUAGAUUUCACGAAAAGCAAUGAGUGGACAGGGAGAGAAUCAUUCAACGGAAGGUGCCUUCACCACAGUGGAGAAGGCUUAAAUCCGUAUGAACAUGCAAUCUCAAUCAUCGGAAGGACGCUGUCAGCUUUUGACGAGGAUAAUCUUAUUCCCUGUUUUGGCUUUGGUGAUGUUAGCACACAUGAUCAGGACGUCUUCAGCUUCUAUCCAGACAACAGGCCAUGUAAUGGCUUUGAGGAGGCACUCUCUCGAUACAAAGAGAUUGUUCCAAAUGUUCGGUUGGCAGGACCUACAUCAUUUGCCCCAAUAAUUGAAACUGCUAUUGGGAUAGUUGAUCAAAGUGGUGGUCAAUAUCAUGUCCUGCUGAUUAUAGCUGAUGGCCAGGUGACACGAAGUGUAGACACUGGAGUUGGGCAGCUAAGUCCUCAAGAGCAGAACACAAUCAACGCAAUUGUCAAAGCAAGCGAAUACCCUUUGUCCAUAAUUGUGGUUGGAGUUGGAGACGGUCCAUGGGAUAUGAUGCGGGAGUUUGAUGAUAACAUUCCAGCCAGGGUCUUUGACAAUAUUCAGUUUGUGAAUUUCACAGAGAUCAUGUCAAGAAAUGUUCCUCUAGCCCAGAAGGAAACUGAUUUUGCGCUGUCUGCAUUGAUGGAAAUCCCUUUACAGUACAGGGCAACCCUGGAACUCCAACUCUUGGGCAACCAGAGAGGACAUAGCACGAUGGUUCCGUUGCCACCUCCAUCCCGGAUCUUGAGGUCACAAAAUUCUCACCUGUCUUUGUCCCGGUCCAGUAGCUACAGCCACAACUUUUCAUCUUCCUAUCCUCCUUCCCCCCCUCCAAGUGAAAGUUCAAGUUAUAGGAGGUGCCCUGUUUGUUUCUGGAACAAACGAGAUCUUGCACUUGGAUGCGGGCAUCAGACAUGCCAUGACUGCGGCAAUGAUCUCAACUGGUGCCCCAUUUGCCGGACGGAAAUAACCACCAGGAUAAGGCUUUAUGACUAAAGUAUAUCAGUACGAGUUGUUUGAUAGUCAUAAAAAGAAGAUGCUUAUAUUUCUAUAACUAAUCUCUCGGAAUGUACCGAAAGACAAAUUACUGAAGCAGUUCCAUUUUUCAGUUAAAACCCGAGCUUGUAAAGCAAGUGUACCAUUUCUCCUGAUCACGGAUUUCUAUAUGUCAUGGACACGUUUCCUAUUCUUAUUUGGUUCUGUAUUUUCUUCCAUGUAAAGUUAACUAUGUUUGAGUAACAAAAAUUAACAAUAUUGCCGAAUCAAAGAAGUACUUUUGUGAAGACAAAUGACAAGAAAUGGUCUACUAUCGGUUCAUCAGCUGCACGAAUGAGAUGAAAAUGAUUCAGCAAGUCAUAUUGUAUCAUGAUUCACCUUCAACGAUGUAAGUAAAAACAAGCCUGGAGAUUAAUUCAACUUCAACUUGUCAAUCGAGACAAACGGUCUGGGCCAUCAUGGGAUACAAAAAAGCUUGCCCAUAUCUUUUCCAUCCUCAAAACUCUCCCAAACUCUGCCCACAUGGUAAGAUAUUCGUGUAUAAUACUGCAGUUGGAUGCUACAGACAAACUCAUUGAGAUUCGGAAAACGCAGUUUGUCUGAAAACAUGCAAUUUUGUAAGAACAAAAUUGGAUUGACUCCACUUCUCAAGUGGUGGACUUUAAGUCAAGGAAAGCAGGCGCUGGGAAAUUUUACCAAUGCAGUCCACGUAAGCUCAAUACUAUCAUUUGCCUCAAAAGAGGAUGAUUUUCCCUAUAAAUAGGCUGCAAGGGAAGGACCAUCAUACCUGCACUUGCUACAUCCUGAACUAGAGUAGAAGCAAGUAGGAGAUGUUGAGAAAGAAGAGUCUGCUGAUCAUUUCGACAUGGCUGCUCUUAGUGACAUACCUGGUCACUUGUUCAUAUGGAGCCUCAGCAAAACCUGCCGAGGGCGUUGUGUAUCCCCAAGGGUGUCGCUGCUGCUUAUUUGAUUUCUCCAAGCCACUCAUCACUUGUGCAAGGGUAUGCUGUGGGCCGAACUGCUGCUAGACCAUACGUAAUACUAGGCAAUGUGUUGGGACUAUCAUUCUCCAAUCCAAGCAUCGACCACUUUUCUGGAAAAAUUUUCCUUGGGUUUUCUAUCUCUAUCUCUAUCUUUGUCAACCUGAAUUUCCUUUCCGGUCAAUAAAGUUAUAGUCCUAAAAUCA